AUCAACUUUAUAUACAGUAUAUACCUAAGUUAUCAUGUAAUUACAAGACAUAAGAUUAACAUUCUUACACUUGCAGCAUUCCAAUCCAAUAGGUGGCGACUGUGUGCAUGAAGUUAUGUAUUCCUCCUCUUUCCCACUCGGAAGAAGUCAUUCAUCAGUCAGCCAACAGUCUCCCCCAAACUAGACCUCUCGGCAAGGUGUCUGGCCGCCGCCGUCGCGGUACGUCUCCCCGGUAGACAGUCCCUCCAUCCCCUCACCCACGUGACCUCACCUUGAUACCUCCAGCUGACAGUAGCAGUGAAGCAGUAGUAGUAGUGGGUCAUGGCGACGAGUGCGAAACGAAAACAGGAGGACACACAUCUGAAGAUGCUCCGGGAGAUGACCAGCCUUCCCCCGAAUCGGAGAUGCUUCGACUGCGACCAACGUGGCCCGACCUACGCCAACAUGACCGUGGGCUCGUUCGUCUGUACCACUUGCUCUGGGGUCUUGCGAGGGCUGAAUCCCCCACACAGAGUAAAGUCCAUCUCUAUGACCACAUUCACACAGCAUGAGAUCGAGUUCCUACAGAAACACACCAAUGAGGUCUGUAAACACAUCUGGUUGGGUCUCUAUGACGACAGGACCUCAGUUGUUCCUGACUUCCGGGAACCGCAGAAAGUGAAAGAAUUCCUUCAGGAGAAAUAUGAGAAGAAAAGAUGGUAUGUCCCCCCGGAGCAGGCCCGGCCAGUGUCCACCGUCCAGGCCGGCGUGUCGGGCUCCUCGGCCAGCAGCACCGGCAGCACCCCGGAGGUCCAGCCCCUCAAGACCCUGCAGCUCACCAAGACCCCCCCACGCAAGUCUCCUGGACUGGGUCGCACCAAGGUGCACCUCGGUGGGCAGGAGAAGAAGUUUGACCUGCUGUCUGCCCUGGGAGGGGACAUCUUUGCCGGUCCGCCCGCGCAAGCCGCCGGCUCGGCCAACUUUGCCAACUUUGCACAUUUUCCGACGCAAUCAGCUGCCUCUCAGGGUCAUUCAAAUGCCAACUUUGCCAACUUCGAGGCUUUUGGAAACUCUGGAAUCCCAUCCCAUCUGAGCACGUCACCCUCCACCUCAUUUUCGUCAGGGGGUGGAAUUCCCAUCCCCUCCAUCUCCAGUGUGGUUCCCUCCCAGUGCCAGAUGGGCAGCUCCUCCGAGGACCGCUACGCUGCCCUGGCUGAGCUGGACAACCAACUCAGCUCCUCAGCCCCCACCGGCAGCAAUGUGCAAGGGAAUGUCUUUGGACCGGCGUUGGGGAGCUCGCCCGCACAAACUCAAUCCGUCUUAACCAGCAUGCAACAUGGCUUCGGAGCGGUACCUUCCACAAACCCCUUUGUUCCCUCAGCCGUCGCCCCAGAGAUGGCCAACAAUCCUUUCCAGAGCAACGGCAGACCUCCUCCUCCAGCCUCUUUCGCGACUGGCUCUAUGAGCAUGCCUGCUGGCUUUGGGAAUGCCCCCUCCUACUGCCUCCCGACCAGUUUCAGCGGAAGCUUCGGGCAGCCCUUCCCUGGCCAGGCCCCAGGCCCCUACCCCCAGCCUGGGGCCUACCACCCACAACCCAAUGGCCCUGUUUACCCCAUGUACGGUCACACCAAGCCCACCAUGGCCCCCUUUGGCCAGGCUGGGGCCGGCCAUGGCCUGUCUAACAACCCCUUCAUGGCCUCUACUGGAGCGUUCUCUGCUGGAGGAUCCUCCAGCAACCCCUUCCUGUAGCACACCUUCCAGUCCCCGCCACCGGGGGGCAGCAUGCAGCACAUACUCUACACUCCCACACACUGUCUCGUACAGCUAGUGACAGUACAUUUUCUCAAACAAAAAGACUAAUAAUCAAAGAUUUUUUAUUUUAUUUCUUAGAGAAGAAGAAAAAACGUUUACAUGAACACGAUGAAGGAAUUAUAAAGGACUAUUACUCAAGA